CCCGCCUCCUUUUCAUUUGGAGGGAGUCAGGGAACUCGGCUGAGGUUGCACGCUGAGACGCAUCUGGCGCAAUCCUUUCCUCUCUGAAUCCGAGUCGAAGUUCCGCGGAGGCUUAAGCCAUGAAAGAGAGACGGCCCCCUCAGCCAGUCGUGGCCAGAUGUAAGCUCGUUCUGGUGGGGGACGUGCAGUGUGGGAAGACGGCGAUGUUACAGGUGUUAGCGAAGGACUGCUAUCCCGAGACGUAUGUGCCCACUGUAUUUGAGAAUUACACAGCCUGCUUGGAGACUGAGGAACAGAGAGUGGAGCUCAGUCUCUGGGACACCUCAGGAUCUCCCUAUUAUGACAAUGUCCGUCCACUCUGCUACAGUGAUUCAGAUGCAGUAUUACUAUGUUUUGAUAUCAGCCGUCCAGAGACAGUGGACAGUGCACUCAAGAAGUGGAGGACUGAAAUCCUAGAUUAUUGUCCCAGCACCCGUGUUUUGCUUAUUGGCUGUAAGACAGACCUGCGAACAGACCUGAGCACUCUGCUGGAGUUGUCCCACCAGCAACAGGCUCCCAUCUCCUAUGAGCAGGGCUGUGCAAUAGCCAAGCAGCUGGGUGCAGAAAUCUACCUGGAAGGCUCGGCUUUCACCUCAGAAAAGAGUAUCCACAGCAUCUUCCGGAUGGCGUCCAUGGUGUGUCUGAACAAGCCCAGCCAAAUGCCCCCAAAGAGCCCAGUCCGAAGCCUCUCCAAGCGGCUGCUCCACCUCCCAAGUCGUUCCGAACUCAUCUCUUCUACCUUCAAGAAGGAAAAGGCCAAAAGCUGUUCCAUUAUGUGAAGUGGGGGUUGGAGAGGGGAGACAACCUCCCACUUCCUCCCUUGGGUUGCAGAGGCAUGGGGAGAGGGAGGCUAAGACAAUUUAGGACACUGGACACGAGUUUUUCAGAUGGCCAUGGUGAGGGCUUGGAAGGAGACAGGAAUGGGGUGAGGAAAGAGCCAGGCCCGACCUGAGGACUUGACACUGAGAGAACCAUCACACCCGAAGCCAGGCACUAGGUUGUGGUGGGGCAGCUGCCCUGGUGCUCCCCCCCUGCUCCAGAGGAAGAAAAGGUGUGGGGGUGUGGGGGACAUGCUGGCCUCAUAGGCUUAGGGGCCUACAGGAGCCUCACCUUCAGCAUCAUGCCUCUUCCACACAGCGCUUCCAUGUGGGUCAGGGGACGGGAGGGGUUCCUGAGCCCUUCCCUUCCCCUCUGAGGAGGCCACAGAGGAGUGGGAAGUGGGGAAGCCAAGGGGCAGCUCCCUUGGGAGCUGAGCCCAGGUGCUUCAUACUUGAAAUCAGAAGGGCAGGAGCUGGUCAGGGCCAAUGAGAAGGAAACUUCAUCUUUGCAUAGCCCAUGACUCAUGGAGAGGUGACGUCAUACAUUCACAUGCUUCUCACCGGAGUCCCCAGGGUCUAAGGGAGAAGCCCCAGACCCCCUUCUCUUGCAGUAUGGGGGUGGGGGUG